AUUCUGACAGCUGCUCGACAGAAACUUGUUUUGAAAACCGCAGAGGUUUGUUCAUUUGGGGGAUUUUUCUUCGUUUUACCACUUACCGGAAACUUCAAGAUUUUGAUAUAUCAAGAUGCAGAAUAUACAUUUAGCUUCAGAAGAAGAUCUAUAUUCAGGAUAUAAUGAUUAUAACCCGUCAUUGGAUCCUGAGAAUCUAGAUGAUGAUGCAAGCUUUCAGCAAGCAGUGAAAACCAGUCAUGGAAGAAGACCUCCUAUGACUGGUAGAGCCCCAGGUACUGCAGCUAGAGGUCGGCUGGCGACUACAAUGCGUGGUAGAGCUGGUAUGCCUUCUUCUAUGGGAAGACCAACAACUGGAGCAGUAGGGGCGGAUGGUGGUGUAGCCCGACCAAUGACAGCAGUUCGUGCAGCUGGAUACACAUCAGGUGGAAAUCGCGGUGCAUCUUUUGAUCCAUUAAAUCAACGAGGGCCAGCACCACCCCUGGAAGUCAAAAAUGAGGAUACCCCUGAAGAGAAAAUAAAGCAGCUUGAAAAGAAGGUCAAUGAACUGAUUGAAGAGAGUUGUUUUGCUGCAAACAGAGGAGAACUUAAUUUGGCGUUAGAGAAAGCCAAGGAAGCCGGUAGAAAAGAACGUAUAUUAGUAAGACAGAGAGAGCAGAUGGCAGCUAAUGACCAGAUUAAUUUGGACUUAACAUACUCAGUUUUAUUCAACUUAGCCAACAUGUAUGAAGCUAAUGAAAUGUUCUCUGAAGCACUCAACACAUACCAAGUCAUUGUGAAAAAUAAAAUGUUUUCUAAUGCAGGACGACUGAAAGUCAAUAUGGGUAAUAUUUAUUUCAAGCAACGUAAUUAUCCUAAAGCUGUUAAGUUUUAUCGAAUGGCUUUAGAUCAAGUACCUAAUACACAUAAAGAUAUGAGAAUUAAAAUAAUGCAGAACAUUGGCGUGGUGUUUGUUAAGAUGGGUCAGUACAGUGAUGCUAUUACAUCAUUUGAGCAUAUCAUGGGGGAGAAACCUGACUUCAGAACGUCAUUCAAUCUCAUCCUGUGUUACUUUGCUAUUGGUGAUCGUGAUAAAAUGAAGAGAAGUUUCCAACGCUUAUUACAGGUUGAUUUACAUAUUGAUGAUGAGGACAAAUACUUGCCUCACCCUGAUGACCAGCAUGCUAAUAUGGUACUGGAAGCUAUCAAGAAUGAUACUCUGAGACAAGAAGAAAAAAAGAUUAAAAGUGAUAUGGAGAGAUACGUCAUGGCAUCCGCUAAAAUAAUAGCACCAGCUAUUGAGCAGACCUUUGCUGCUGGCUAUGAUUGGUGUGUGGAUUGUGUAAAGUCUUCACUUUAUACAGAUUUAGCCAAUGAUUUGGAAAUCAACAAAGCUGUCAUGUAUCUCAAACAAAAAGAUACAACCCAGGCUAUAGAGACACUGAAGGGAUUUGAGAAGAAGGAUUCUAAGUGUGCAAGUGCUGCCUCCACCAAUCUAUCAUUUUUGUAUUUUUUACAAAAUGACUAUCAGUUAGCUGACAAGUAUGCUGAAAUGGCAAUACAAGCUGAUAGAUACAAUCCAUAUGCAAUGGUAAAUAAAGGCAACUGUCUGUUUGCACAAGGCGAUUAUGAGAAAGCUAGGGAGUACUAUCAAGAAGCUGGUAGGACAGAUUCAUCUUGUACAGAAGCAUUGUACAACCUAGGAUUAACCAACAAGAAGAUAAAUCUCCUGGAAGAUGCUUUGGAUUGUUUUCUAAAGUUACACGCUAUAUUACGUAACAGUCCACAAGUGUUAUAUCACUUGGCUACUCUGUAUGAAAUGCUAGAGGAUUCAGCGCAGGCAUCAGAAUGGUACAUGCAACUAAUAGGCGUUGUCACUACGGAUCCUGGUAUUUUGGCCAGAUUAGGAGAGAUAUACGACAAUGAAGGUGACAAAUCACAGGCAUUCCAGUAUCAUUACGAGUCCUAUCGUUACUUCCCGUCUAACAUUGAGAUUAUUGAGUGGUUAGGUGCUUACUAUAUUGACUCUCAGUUUUGUGAGAAAGCUAUUCAUUAUUUUGAGCGAGCUGCCGUGAUACAACCAACACAGAGUAAAUGGCAGUUGAUGAUUGCUAGUUGUCAUCGACGAAGUGGCAACUACCAGCAGGCAUUGGAAACUUACAAACAUAUACACAAGAAAUUCCCAGAAAACAUUGAAUGUUUAAAGUUUCUAGUUCGUCUAUGUACUGAUAUGGGUUUGACUAAGGAUGCUCAAGACUAUGCUACAAAACUGAAGAAAGCAGAGAAAGCUAAAGAAGUACGAGAACAGAGAGCCAAUAGUGCAACUCGCCGUUCUGGAAGCGGCCGUGGUACACGUUCUGGAAGUGCAGGUAGUGAUUCUGGUCGUGCAGGUAGUGGUGGCAGUAGUGCUGGUAGCCGUUCUGGCACCCGUGGUAACCGCUCCAGUAGUGGGCGUCUAAGAGGUCUUCCUGAUACGAGUGAACCAUACGAACAAGAGCAGGAAGUUGAUGCAUCCUAUGUUGAUCCACUGGGACCAAGUAUGGAAAGACCCAAGACUGCUGCAAGAUCAAGAGAUAAAGCAGAAGAUGACUUUGCUGAUGAAGAACUUGGUGAAGACUUGUUACCAGAAUAAAUAUAAAACCAUCCAUAACAAAUCUAAACAUUUACAAAAUUCUGUAAUUUUUAUUUAUACACAAUUCAUUUAGUACAAAAAUUUAGCACAAGAUUGUUCUAUUGAUUAUUGCUUAAUGCAUUGCAGUGUGUUUAAUGUUAUCGUCAACAUUUCCAUUCAAAUUGGAAAACUCUCUAUGAUAAAGUUAAAGAAAUGUUAUACAAAUUUGAUAUCAUUUUGGGUAACGGUACUCAUGAACGGGCUGUUUAUUAAUGAGCAAAAGUUCCAUCAUGGUUGGGUUUCGUAAAAUGCUCCGAUACUUUCCAAGAACAAGUUUUAGAUAUUUCAAUCAGCAAUAUCCAUAACAUCACCACUUGUCUCAAGUUUUAUCAGGAAUUAUUACUUGUAUCUUUUUAUGGUCCAUGGAUAGUUUAUGUAAAUUGUGUGUAUAUAAUGACGGUUGUCACCAUGCUUUUAUAUGCUUCACAUACCAGCAUUACGUGUGCAUUUGUAAAAAAUAAACAUUAUGAAAUACAACACAGUGCCCUGCUAGUGGAAUGACUGCAUGUAUGUACCCACUAACAGAUCUCAACAUUACCUCUGUUAUAUUGACCUGAUAUUAUAUUACUUUGUAUUGUUAAUGAAAUAAACUACUUUCAAUAAUAUGCAAGAUCCAUCAUUUUGGAUUUAAUGGCGACAAAA